AUGGCGUCGUUCAUGGUGCCGGCGGCCGGCGGGACGGCCGCGGUGCUCGCCGGCGUCCUUGUCGCAGGCAGCGGCAGCGGCCUCUCCUCCGCCCUCGCCCUCACCAUCGCCAGCUGCAUCGGCAACUCUGUCUCCUGCGUCCUGAUCUGCAUCCCGCUGAAGACCUUCGUCGAGCCAAUCAUGAGGGGGAACACCGUCGGCAACCGGACGCCCUACGGCCACGUCCUCAUGCUUGCGACCGCCGCGGCGUGGGGGCUGUACGCCUCCAUCACCUACAAGGAAUCCCGUAUCUCCACCAUCAUCAACGCUAUAUGCUUCGUGUUCCAGCUCAUCUACGUGCUGGUGUUCAUCCGCUACGCGCAAGGGAUGGCUCGUUGGACCGCAGUCGCCUUGCUGCUGACCGCACUCAUCGGGUCCGGCGUCCUGGCGUGGGUGGUGAUCGUGAAGGUCAUUGACAGGCAUGAGUUGGAUAGGAGCACCAUCGCCACCAUCGCCUCGGCCGUCUCCUGCGUCACCUACGCAGCCGUCGGCUAUGACAUUGCGGUGGUUGCAUGUAGCAAGGACGUGUCCAACAUGGACCCACUGGUGGAGGUCCUGCUCAACAUCCUCAUCGCCGGCGCAUCGGUGUACUACGCAUUCCUGUCUUCUCCGGUCGACAAGUACAUCGGGGUGCCCAAUGCCAUCGGCGUCGUGAUCCUGCUUGUGCAGCUCGUCGUGUUCGUCAUGCACUGCAAGGCCAAGCCAGAGGACGAGGAGGAGGCGCCCCAGACCGUGCAGGCGCCCCAGACCGUGGAGGAAGCGAUCAACAACGCCAGCAACAGCACUCCUGACUACGGCAGUGAUCUGGGAGCCAUGUUCGCCAGCCCCGAUGCUCUUCCCGAGCCUGAGAUUGCACCACCAGUCUAG